AAGUCUAAUUCAGUUCAGUUCUUUGGAUGGUGGGUUAGUCAGCUCUGUUUCUGGAGGAUUAGCUGGUUCAGGUGUGUUUGACAGACGUGAACUCUUCAGGAAGGAGCCGGGUUAGCUACCUCCAUGUCAUGAUUAAAUUUAUGAUAACAGACACUCAAAGUCCUUCUUAACGGGGUACAUACAAGUCUGCUGAGUUUCAAAGUCGAUUGAUCAGUACAUACCGGUUGGUUGGUUAAUUACGUAAUGGGAACCGUUAUACCUGUAAAACCAGUAUUAGACAGAUUGCCCAUCCUGUCUAUUGUUGUGCAGAUGAUUGAAACAGUAUAAAAGACAUGAUCCAGUUAGUUUAUACUGAACGCCUGCACUGAAAUUCUCUCAUCUGCUCCUUCUACUUGGACGUUGGAGAUGGCCGUUGUCAGCUUUCUCAUUCUCAUGUGUGUUGCUUUGAGCAGCCCUACAGCAGGUCUCCGUCCAAACAGACUUUCUCUCGAACCCUCUGAACUAGAUCCUCUUGACAUUCCACCUUGUUGGCCGGGCUGGACACAUUCUGAUGAUCGCUGCUAUAAGCUAUUCAAAACCCUCAAAACAUGGACUCAGGCUUCGGCAGACUGUACGUUGAGGGGUAGUAAUCUAAUCUCUGUCCGUAACGGCAAUGACCUUUCCGCGGUACAGUCUGUCAUGGGCUUGGAGGUCCAAAAAGGUGUUUGGAUUGGAGGCACUGAUGCUGUUACUGAGGGACAGUGGUGGUGGCGUAAUGGUGAACCAUUUUCCUGGACGUUCUGGUCCCCAGGACAGCCUGACAAUCUUGGAGAGGAGGACUGCAUGAGUGUUGGCAUUGGAGGACUUGCCUAUGAUGAGAAGUGUAAUAAGAACCUUUACUAUGCUUGUUCUAAAAAAUUGCAGACCUAAGCAUGUCCAUAAACACACAGACUGAGACCCAAUAUAACACAACCUUUGAAAACACCUUACAGUAAUUCACUGUUGUUACGCUGAGAUAUUCUGUGUGAUAUAUUGAGUGUGAUUUUAUACAGUUUAUUACAGAUUUAUUCACAGUAUAAAUGUUCUCAGCUCUGCAUACAUUUUACAAUAAAAAGUCUUGCAAUAUUUACAGUAAGCCCUUUUUUUAAACAGGGUUAUGUUUAAAAUAACAUACUAUUACUGAUACUCUUACUGAGUGCAUGUGCACAGAAUAUGAUUUUUUAUGCAUCACACUUUUUUAAUUAAACAUUU